AUGGAGAGCAGCGACCGGGACAUGUACCGCCAGUUUCAAGACUGGUGUCUCAGGACUUACGGGGACUCAGGAAAAACCAAGACGGUGACCCGUAAAAAAUACGACCGGAUCGUCCAGCUCCUGAACGGCUCCGAGUCGAGCUCCACGGAUAAUGCCAAAUUCAAAUUCUGGGUCAAAUCUAAAGGCUUCCAGCUCGGCAACUCGGACGAGGUCAGUGGUGGUGCUGGAGGAGGGAAGCAAGUGCUGUACGUGCCAGUCAAAACCACGGAUGGAGUAGGUGUAGAUGAGAAGCUGUCUUUACGGCGGGUAGCUGUCGUAGAAGAUUUCUUUGACAUUAUCUAUUCCAUGCAUGUUGAAACUGGGCCUAAUGGAGAGCAAAUCAGAAAACAUGCUGGACAAAAGAGAACGUAUAAAGCAAUUUCGGAGACCUAUGCCUUCCUACCGAGAGAAGCGGUGACACGGUUUCUAAUGAGCUGCUCAGAAUGCCAGAAAAGAAUGCAUUUAAACCCAGAUGGAGCAGAUCAUAAAGAUAAUGGAAAACCUCCAACUUUGGUGACCAGUAUGAUAGAUUACAAUAUGCCAAUUACUAUGGCAUAUAUGAAACACAUGAAGCUACAGCUACUAAAUUCACAGCAAGAUGAGGAUGAAAGCUCUAUAGAAAGUGAUGAGUUUGAUAUGAGUGACUCGACCAGGAUGUCAGCUGUGAACUCUGACCUCAGUUCAAAUCUGGAAGAGAGAAUGCAAAGUCCUCAGAACCUCCAGGGCCAGCAGGAUGAUGAUUCAGCCGCAGAGAGUUUUAAUGGCAAUGAGACCGUGGGACACAGUUCCAAUGCUUCAGGGGGAACACACUGCAGGGAGAUGGCAGAAACCAACAGUAAUGGCAAAACAAAUCUGGAGCAGGAUGAGCAGCCUCUGAACCUGAGUGACAGUCCCCUCUCUGCUCAGCUGACUUCAGAAUACAGACUAGAUGAUCACAGCAGUAAUGGAAAGAACAAAUACAAGACUCUCCUAAUUUCUGAUCUCAAGAUGGAACGGGAGGCAAGAGAAAAUGGAAGCAAGUCCCCUGCACAUAGCUAUUCAAGCUAUGACUCUGGGAAGAAUGAGAGUGUAGGCAGAGGUGCUGAAGAUCUGUCUCUGAAUCGAGGAGAUGAGGAUGAAGAUGACCAUGAUGAGCAGGAAGAUCCUGAGAAGGUUAAUGAAUCAGAUGGGGUAGAAGCUGAGCGACUGAAAGCUUUUAAUAUGUUUGUCAGGCUGUUUGUAGAUGAAAACUUGGACCGAAUGGUCCCAAUCUCUAAGCAGCCCAAAGAAAAGAUCCAGGCUAUCAUUGACUCAUGCAGGCGACAAUUCCCUGAGUAUCAAGAGCGUGCCAGAAAACGCAUACGUACUUACCUCAAGUCCUGCAGGCGGAUGAAAAGAAGUGGUUUUGAGAUGUCACGACCUAUUCCCUCACACCUUACUUCAGCAGUUGCAGAGAGUAUCCUGGCUUCCGCCUGUGAGAGUGAAAGCAGAAAUGCUGCAAAAAGGAUGCGGUUGGAUAGACAGCAGGAUGAGGCUGCUCCGGCUGACAAGCAGUACAAACAGGAACCAGCCCAGGUCACUUACUCAACAUCAGCUGUUUCCAGCACACAGGAGGUGUUGUACAUCAACGGCAAUGGGACCUACAGUUACCAUAGUUACAGGGGGCUCGGAGGUGGGCUGCUAAAUCUCAACGACGCUUCUGGCAGUGAUCUUCAGCCUACCUCCACCACAGCUGCAACUCAGCACUGCAUCCCAGGCACCACAAACGUCCAGUCCCCUUCCAGCUCAGGUCCAACAGAUCUCAGUAUGAAGAGGCAGUUAGCAAGCAGCUCUGGAUCCUCCAGUAGUUCAAGCUCUAGACCCCAGCUGAGUCCGACUGAAAUAAAUGCAGUGAGGCAGCUUGUGGCAGGGUAUCGAGAAUCAGCCGCAUUUUUAUUGCGUUCUGCAGAUGAACUGGAAAACCUUAUUUUGCAGCAGAACUGAGUCAUGUGACCUUCACACUGGCCUGGUCUUAUCUCAGAGUUUCCACUAAUGACAUUUUGAUUUCCCAGAGCACACACUUCAGUUACUGCACAGUCUUUUAGGAGAGUUAAUUACCAUAAUGCCACACUGUUCUUGAUCCAUAAAGUGAUGUGUUAAGGUGCUUCAAGUGAACUUCGACCUCUGGUACUGCCGAGGUACUUUACUGUGUCCAGCCUAUUGCUUUUGUUUUAGUGUGUCAGCAUAAAUAUCGAAAAAGUGGCUAGAAAUUAACUCGUUCUAACAAGUGGAGGAAACAGAAGAUGCUGUGAUGGUUUAAAAAGAUAUGGUUCAAGAUCCAAGUGCAAUAUUAGUGGAAUGUGAUACUGACUCAUUGGACUUAAAGCUGCAGUAUAUGGCAAAACGUUGCCAAAUGUCCUGUUGCUACAGGGCACAAUUGCAAUUAAAAGGAUCUUGUAUUUUAAAAAAAUGUAAUUUUUAUAAAAAACAAAACAAGAGAUUUUUGUUUUCAUUCAAGAUUUUUCAUUUUUACUUUGGUAAACUUUUUCACUGGUCCUGAAAAUGUUUUGAGGAGCUAUUUUAAGUCCCCCCUUCCUCUCUUGAACCCCUGACUGUGCCCUUCUCCCCAACUUCA